CAAUAUUCGUCAAGUCAAGCCCUUUGGGUUACGUGAUUUAUCUUAUUAGAGAUAGAUUCGGCAAUUGUAGUUUCAUUUAGUAGUAUAUUUUGUAGUUUUCAUCAAGAAAAACAACAAGUCAUCAUUCAUCAAUUUUAUUAACAUGGAGGAAUGCAACCAAUCCAUACUAGUUACUCAAGAAGACAACAUACUAGUUUGUGGUUCAACAGGACAUGGUCAGCUAGCCCUAUUUCCUCAUCAGAUGACCCAAAUCAAAGAGGAAGGAAUUAUUGACCAACAGACUGGAGGUUUAUUUGAUUACAUUCCGAUUAAAUUAGAAAAACUUUUAAUUUCCUACAAUGAAGGAGAACAAAUAGUAGAUAUUGUUGUGGGAGCAACAUUUACUCUAUAUUUAUCAUCCUUCUCCCGAGUUUAUUACUGUGGGAAAGUUUUAUUGUUUGAUGAUGAUUGUUCUAAAAUUGUAAAUGGUGAAAUGCCAUGCUUUAGAUGGGUAUUCUUUUUCGAUCCUGUUCGGAUAUCAGGGCUAGAAGGUGUGAAUGGUUUAAUAUUUGUUAGACAGAUAACUUGUGGAGCUAAACAUUGUGCCUUUUUACUUUCUAAUAACUGUGUUUAUGUGGUAGGAAGUAAUGAAAUGGGUCAAAUUGGCAUGGGAACUAGCAACCCAUUUAUGUCAUUUCCACAAAAACUUGAGAUUGGAGGUUCUUCACAACCAGAAAAGCAUCAAUCAUCAUCCAGUGAAGAAGAUAGUGAAGACGAGUUGGAGGUUCCUGAACCAAUGCAAAAAAAGAGGAAAUUUCAAGAUAUCUCAACUCAAAUAACUAAAAUCAAAUGCUCCUAUGACAAUACUGUUCUUCAAACAGCAGAUGGGUUUGUCUAUGCUUCAGGAGAUAAUGAGUAUCAACAGAUAUCCAAUUCAAAAGAAGAAGGGAAGAUAUACGAAUUUAGAAGAUUAUUUUUCAAAGAAUUAUCGUUGGAUCAAUAUAAGAAUAUUGAGGAGAUUAUUGUAAUGGAUAGUUUUAUGCUUGCCUUAACUAAUGAAGGACGGUUAUUCAUAAGUGAAGGAAACAGAACUUUUGAAAAGAUGGGAUUGGAUAUUGAUUAUUUUAACACAACAGAUUUUCCUCGAAACUCAAUCAUUCAAAUAUUCAAAACCUCCUAUGCUUUCUUUGUUAGAACUAGGACUGGGGAAAUAUUUUAUCUACAACAAGGUAUAGCCAAGAUGGUCAAGUCUGCUCUAUUAUCUUACAAAAGGUUUAUAAUAGGAAGUGGCAGGUAUCAUGUGGUAUCUAUCUCUACUGAUUUAGUUGAUGAGGGUUUAUACGAGGCUAUUGGUUACAACAAGUUUGGAAAUUUAGGAUUCAAAUCUAAUGAAGAAACAGUGAAAGCGCCUCAAGCAAUACCAAAAGUAACUGAUUGGAUCAGGUCAAAGUGUUUGCAUUCUUACCACUACAAGUUGGCUGCUGAUUUUUUCAACACUGUUGUUUAUAGAGUUAGAGAUUUAAAAAGAGAUGCUUCACAAAGAAUAGCAGCCAACUUAAUUUCAAAGGCUCGAAUUAGAAAUUAUGUGGAUGUAACAAUUUCUUGCAUUUUUGAGUCUUAUUCUGAAAUUGAGGAUUUAGAUAUUGUAAAGAAAGAAAAAAGAGUAUUAGCUAUCGAAAAGAAAGGAUCAUUCGAUGAAGGAACUUCAAAUGAACAACUAAAUCACAUUAUGAAUUUGAUGACACCUGGAGGAAAUAACGACACAAAGAAGUAAUUAAGAGCUAUGUUCAUAAUAUUGUUGUGGUAAUCGUUAUAUUGGAGGAAAUGAUAAGUUUGUUUGGGUGGUCAUCUUUGUAUCAAUUGACUUUGGUUUGUAAAUCUUGUCUGCUAAUAAUUUGUUAUUUUUAUUUACAGAGUUAAGUUUGAGUAAUGUUGCUUGGAAUUUCUGGAACAGGAGAAGUGUAUUCACCCACACACGGUUUGAUAUCUUUAUACUCCAUACAAUUCCUGGAUUCUUCCUUCAUUCUAAACUUGUUUCCAACGUGCCAUUGAUGCUCCCCCAAAUUUUCUUUGCACUUCACGUCUCUCCCUCCAAACACUUUCUUGUCAUUUCUUUCCUUCCAAUUACUUUCGUGGCCAAUGUGCUGCAGAUAACUUAAUGAUGUAGAAUAGUGUGUUAAUCCAUCAUCAACACAAGUUUUGUAUCCUUCUCCUCUCUUGAAUGAAAUAAAGUGAAUAAGAAUAUCGAUUGGUUCU